AUGGCGUUGAUCGGAGGAAAUCGUGCCCGCAAAGAACCACCCGUUGCGGGAUCAUUAUCGAAGAUGGAUCUCUUCUGCAUUCGAGCCCUUUGUUCCUCAGUCCACGACUCUUUCACGGCCGCCAUGGAAGCCUUCUCCGAACACCCUAUCCUGGGCAGGGGAGCCUUCAAGGACGUCUACAGGGGCUUCGAUCUGCUCACCGGCGUCGAUAUCGCCUGGAAUCAGAUCUGCCUCAGUGACGACGACAAAACCCUAAAAAAUUCGCCGGAAAUUCAGGCGCGUCUCUGCGCCGAGGCCGUCCUGUUGAACUCCCUCUCCCACACAAACGUCAUGAGGUGCUAUUCUUACUGGGUCGAUUACCCUAACAAGACGGUGAACCUAAUAACCGAGCUUUUCUCCUCCGGCAGCCUAAAGCGGUACAUGAAGAAACUCGGCGGGCUCGAUUUGCAGACCAUAAAGAAUUGGGGCCGGCAGAUUCUAGAAUCUCUUCACUACCUUCACACCCAAACUCCCUGCAUAAUCCACCGAGAUUUGAAGUGUGACAACAUAUUCAUCGACAUCACCACCAGUGUCAAGGUCAAGAUCGGAGAUUUCGGGCUGGCCACCAAAAUGGAGUCUGCUCCGGCCACUGUCCUCGCAGGCACGCCGGAAUUCAUGGCUCCCGAGUAUUAUGACGAGGAGUACAAUGAGCUUGUGGAUGUGUACGCUUUUGGUUUGUGUUUGAUGGAGAUGAUGACUUUGGAGUAUCCUUAUUGCGAGUGCACGAACCCGGCCCAGAUUUUCAAGAAAGUCUCGAAUGGCGUGAAGCCAGCUGGUCUUGAGAGAGUGAAUGAUUUUGAAGUGAGGCGUGUUAUCGACAGGUGUUUGUUGCCGGCUUCUCUGAGGCCUUCGGCUUUCGAGCUGCUAAAGGACCCGUUUUUCUCGUUCGAAGAAGAUUCAAUGGAAAUUGUUCAAAAUAUUGAAGCUGGUUCAUUUGGACACAAGGAAGAACAAAGCAUGGGGAUCAAAAGCUGGUGUGAAGAUGGCUCGAUUGUUUCGGGAAUAUCAAUGCUUUACAAUUCGAUAUGCCUGUCGGGCAGUGGGGGAGGUCAGGGGUAUAAUGGUAAAUUAGGAAGCUCGGAUGUCUCGAUGAAUUCGAGAAUCACAUUUGCUUCGUCGUCUGGUGAUGUGUCGAAGGAUUUUGCGUUUGUCUAA